GAUGCGGACACUAUCAACCCCGAAGACGAGCGCUAUUGUGACUCCGACGGCUACACCGCUGCCGACCAAGUGGACGACGAUGGCGACGAGGACACCGAAACACCUGCAGACGGUGCAAACAGGAGGGGCAAGGGGAAGGUGUCCGGCGCGAGACAAGCGAGUCGAUAUUGGGAGGAGGACGAGCUUGCAGAGCUUGCGGCGGCAAUGAUAAGUGCCAAGUCCCGUCAUCCCAUCGUGGUAUGGUUACCAUGAUGGUAUGGUAUGGUUACCAUGGAUGUUACCUGGACGGCUCGCGUCGCGAGCAUACGACGUCGGGUCACUUGACAACUCGGAGCAGCGUUCAGCGUGAUGCGACUUCUGCUCGGUCGUAGAGCAGAAGUCGCAUCCUCUGAAUGCUGCGUUAUGCGACUUGUGCUCGGUCGUAGAGCACAAGUCGCAUCUUCUGAACCCUGCGUUAUGCGAUUUCUGCUCGGUCGUAGAGCAGAAGUCGCAUCCUCUGAACGCUGCGUUAUGCGACUUCUGCUCGGUCGUAGAGCAGAAGUCGCAUCCUCUGAACGCUGCGUUAUGCGACUUCCGCUUGACGGUUUCGUGUAGAAAGCGGGUUCUCGACUCGAUUCGAGAGCAAGUCGAAGGGAAAGACGUGACGAAUCAUGUCGCAUCACUGCUCCGAGCAAACCCGGUUCGCAAAGGUGCUCUGAACGCGAGGAGAAUCCGCACGAGCUGACGUGACAGUGCUGCCAUGCAGAAUCCAGUCCGACUCGCUGAUGGAAACCCGCGGCCGAAAUGCACGCCGAUCUCCUGGUCGCGAAACGCCAGUCGCGACGAUCGUCCGCACAUCCCAAAAACCAGGGCCGCAAAAUAUCACCCCCAGGACAAGAGUAGACGUGACAGACGCCAGCCAGAAUCGCCCGUCUCGCUGAUGCAAUCUUCGGUCCUGGUUCCUGCUCGCGCCGUGUGACUCGCAAGUACAAAUAGAGGCUCGGACCUUGAAGCCAGCCAAGUUUGAGCUCUGAGUUUCUAGCCUUGAACCACUCAUACUCGUGUGAGUGCAUGUAUUAAGGAGCUUACCUGGCGACGAUGACGCCGCUCAAACUGCUUCCGGGGCUCGCUUGCCUGCUUCCAGCGAUCCUCCUCGUGCUGUUUUUAUCAGCAUCAACCCCCGCGUUGGCAUCUCGUGACAAGGCGCUGGGAAGCCGUGGAGCCACACACGAUGCUGAUGGCACGCUUGAAAAGUCAUUUGUCAGCCGUCGCACGCUGAGCGACUCCACUCCACCAGAGCCCCUGCCACAAGUCCUGCUCAACUCUUUAAAUGCUGCCGGGGCUGCCGGGGCUGCCGGGUCUUCUGGGACUCCCGGGGCUCCCGGGGCUCCCGGGGCUCCUGGGGCUCCCGGGGCUCCUGGGGCUCCUCGGGCUGCUGGGGCUGCCGGGUCUCCUGGGCCUCCUGGGGCUGCUGGGGCUGCUGGGGCUUCCGUCGAUGCCGGGGCUGCCGGGUCUCCUGGAGCGCCUGGGGCUCCUGGGGCUCCUGGGGCUCCUGGGGCUCCUGGGGCUCCUGGGGCUCCUGGGGUUGCUGGGGCUGCUGGCGCUUCGGUCUAUGCCGGGGCUGCCGGGUCUGCAGGGGCUGCUGGGGCUCCCGGGGCUCCCGGGGCUGCAGGGGCAAGCAGCAGCAGCGGUGAAGGGGGUGCCAGUAUACCAGCAGUCGCAAGCAGCAUACCCACGCCAUCACCCCCAUCUCCGGGGGCACCAUGCAUCAGCCACCCUCUCUCCGGCAUCUGGUCUCAACUGGCGUCCUUUUUCCACAUUGGAGGUGGUGAUAGCUGCAAUGGGGACGGCGGCGGAGGUGGCGGUGUAGGCGGGGGAGGUGGCGGGGUGGAGGUGGCGGAGGUGGCGGAGGCGGAGGAGGAGGCGGGGGUGGGGGUGGCGGCGGCGGGGGCGGUGGUGGAGGAGGAGGUGGCGGUGGGGGCGGCGGAGGUGGAGGAGGUGGCGGUGGUGGUGGCGGUGGCAUUGUCAUUGACAGUAUCAGCAGCAGGGCAAGCCGUGCUAGCCGUGCAAGUCGUGCGAGUCGGGCAAGUGGUGCAAGCCAAGCGAGCCAGUCAAGUCGGGCGAGCAAGAGCACGCGUGCUACGCGCCUCCGCUAACACGAGCCGGCAACUGGUGUGUAGUGUUAUGCUUCUCUUCCGGAGAAUUUCUUGGUGUGUGUGCUGAUGAAUUGAAUACAAUGGAACCAGCAAAAGCACACAAUGUGACCUCCUGUGCGCACUUACCUUACACUAAGGGCAAUGGAAAAGUAUAGUUUCUUCUGUGUGCAUUCCUUUCUAAACGUACUUGUGUUGCGAGAUGAGUCCCCGGGUGCUUAUGCAGAAUGCCAAAGCCACGCCUUGCUGCAAAAUGUGGAUCUGUGCUGCAAGGUGGUAUUUAGACGGACAGUUCUAGAGAGUUUUUUACGAGCUAUAAGGGAUUUUCCAGUUGUUGGACGCUGUUGGAAAUAUCUCAAGGACUUAAGCUACAAGGGUUCAACUGCCUCAACUUCCGCUGCACUACUCCAAGUCUCAAGUCUCUACAAGCUGGGACUUAGUCUCUGCAAAAGAUCCUAAGGGCUUU